AUGUCUUGGGAGACUCCUGCCGGUGGCAAUGAUUGGGGCACGGGAGAUACUGCAGUAGUCAGUGGUGAUGGAGAGUGGGAUGACUCUCCUGCAACUGGUUCUUCCGAACAUCAUGCAGCAGAUGAAUUCAAUGAUGACGCCGGUAACGACCAUGGCGGAUAUGGUGGUGGUGAGGAAAAUGGAGGCGGUGGUGGUGGUCGCAGUGGAGGCUGCUUCAACUGUGGUGAAGAAGGUCACUCCAAGGCCGAAUGCACACAACCUGCGAAGGCACGUCCAUGCUACAACUGUGGCGAGGAAGGACACACAAAGGCAGAAUGCACUAAUCCCGCAGUUGCUCGUGAGUUCACCGGCACUUGUCGCAUCUGUGAGCAAUCGGGUCAUCGCGCAUCUGAGUGCCCUUCUGCUCCACCCAAGCUUUGCAACAAUUGUAAGGAGGAAGGCCAUUCAAUCCUUGAGUGUAAGAAUCCUCGCAAGAUCGAGCGCAACGACGUCGAAGAUGUCGCAGCUGAAGUUGCUUGGGAGAAUCUUAUCAAGCAAUCUCAAGAAGGUGACUUCGACGACAUGAAGGAUGAGAUCAUGAAAUACAUCAAGGCUUCUCCAGAUGCUACCUAUACCUACACCAACAUGGACUUGCAGGGCAACCUUGAUCGCAAGUUUUCUGUUUCUUGGCGCAAGUCGAGUAAACACAGUCGUCCAAAAGAGAAGGAGAGCUGGCCAGCUACCCCGGAGGAAAAUUUGGAGCGACUUGCCAAUGCUGGAGAGCCUGUUGAUCGUGGCAUUCCUCUCUGUUCCCGCUGCAAUGAGCUUGGUCAUACCGUAAAGCAUUGCACCGAAGAGCGAGUUGAAGUGGCCAUCGUGUUCGUGAUUGCCCAAUUCCUCGUGAGGAUAAGUUCGCUUGUCGCAACUGCAAGAAGUCUGGUCAUAGUUUCUAAGGAGUGCCCAGAGCCACGCUCCGCCGAGGGUGUUGAAUGCAAGAAUUGCAAUGAGAUUGGUCAUUUCUCUCGUGACUGCCCAACCGGCGGUGGAGGCGAUGGCGGUCUCUGCAGAAAUUGCAAUCAACCUGGUCAUAGAGCCAAGGAUUGUACAAAUGAGCGUGUCAUGAUCUGUCGCAACUGUGACGCAGAGGGACAUACCGGUAAGGAAUGCCCAAAGCCUCGUGACUAUUCUCGCGUUCAAUGCCAGAACUGCAAGCAGAUGGGUCACACUAAGGUUCGCUGCAAGGAGCCAAUUGCUGAGGAGGACGCUGGCGAUGUCAACGGCUACGGUGGUGGUGAUGCCACAGCUGAUAGCGGCGACUAUGGAGGUGGCGAUGCAGCUAACGAUGACUAUUCUGCUCCUGCGGCUGGUGGUGAUGAUCACAACUGGGCUACUGGUGGUGGUCAAGAGGCUGCAGGCGACGGCGGUUGGUAG